AUUGAAAGAAUUUAUUUAAUAGGUGCAUAGGAAUCCCUUAUCAGAGCCACAGGUGGAAAAAAGCAAAAUGUCUGAGAGCCACAGCGGGUCAUACAGCUGUGGGACAGGGAGCCUGCUUCAGGAUAGUAAUGACACUGGAUUUUCUGAACAUGAGCUCCUUAACCUCAUGUACAGCAAAUGUGAUGCCAGCAACACAGGAGCAGUGUUGGCCUCCUGCAUCAUGCAUUACCUGGAAACCCUUACAGCUCGAAGUGCAGAAGAGGACAGACUGGCUUCUCUACGACAGCUUCUGGAUCCGGACCUUCAGGACCCACUCGUGAGCAGGAACACUUUCCUAUCCACUAUGAAGAGUUGGAUUGCCCAGUGCAGUCAACAAAGUUCAGAGUCGGAUAUAAUUUGUUUGCCUUGGCCAGACUACACUGAAACUCCAGUAAAUGCUCCUCCAGAGGUCCACCAUUUUUCUUGUGAAAGACAGGACCUGUCUGGAGUAUUGACUGAUCUGAAACAAGCUCAUCAAAAGCUGAGUCAGCAGAACAGCAGCCUGUUAAGGAUGCUGGCUCAAUGUGAGGAUGAAAACCUGCAGCUCAGUCUGGAAAUCAUAGAGCUGCAGACCAAGCUGGUCAGCUCUGAGAGAUCAUCCAUAAAAGCUCAAUGUUUGACAGAGGAGCUGGAAGAAACCCAUCAGACUCUAAAAGAAGUUCAGGAAACAGCCAGUUAUACUCAUAGAAGGCUCACCCAGCUGACUAAUGAGACUGAAAACUUGAGGGCUCAAAUUAGAGUGCUAGAAGACAAGAAUGAAAAACUUACCUUUGAAAUGGCCUGCUAUGACGAGACUGUCAACAAACUGAGGAGGAUUAACACCCAGCUAAGGGCUGAACAUGAAGAAACCGUGAAUCUGAUGAUGCUGAAAGACAAAGAAAUAACAAAGAAAAGCAUCCUUAUGGACAAGAUGAGAAACUUUCAUGUGGAAAAUCACAAUAUGAUAGAGGAUCUACGGUCAGAGCUAAUGAGAUUACAGGAGCAUUCCCACCAGCAACUGCUCAGGUUUGACAGACACUGCCUGACUUCUCGGAGUCCCCACAGUUCAGAUCCUCCAAACCAGCACUCCUUACAGAGCGAGAUCCAGGACAUGCAGCAGUGUCUCAGUUAUUCUUCACAGCAGAUGUCCUGA